CUUUAUAUAUAUAUAUAACAGUCUUGAUAGUCACCUAAUCAAGAUAUAUAUAUAUAAUAUAAAUGAUCAGGAUGACAAGAAGAGUCAAAUUCUCUCCGUUCGUUCUUUCUAGCGAUAAGUUAAAAUUUAGGUACUUUAAUGAAACUUAGCACACAUGAUACUUGGUCCCCAGAAGAGAUUGGUAGUUCAUAUGGGCGAAAUUCAUUGUCACAUAUAAAAUGACGAUAAGCGAGACACUAUAUGGUGUUAUAACUUAGUCAGAUAUUAACUAACAAAAAAAAAUCGGGUGGGGCUGUGCCGGGGAAGUCGGCCAUUGGUUUUAACGUGAAACGUCUAUGUUAGCGAAUCCCUUUUAAAGUAAAAGAUUGAAAUGAAAACAAGAUUGACGCUGUUUUAAGUAUUUAAUAAAAAAGAACAGGUACAUAAUAGAAACAUAAAUUACUUAUUAUUACGAUUAAUAUUCGACAAUAAUUUUUAUUUAACAUAGGUCUGUGAUAUGUGAAAUAAGCAACACACGGCAUAAUGUCAACAUUAAUAUUUCUGGUGAAUGUACAGUCUAUAGUGGUAUUGCCUAAUGUUGUCGGUGAUGUUUGUACGUAGUUGAGGCCUAAUUCAUUCCUCAUGAACUCAACGAGAUAGCUGUUCUGUUGUGGAUCACAAUUGAAAUCGCCACAUAGAACGAUUGGAGUCUCCAAGUCUGUCUGAGAGUUCGGUAUUAGUUUUGGUAAGUUUGCUGAAUAUGGCAGGAGUGAUUGAAUUGCUUCACUUCUACUGAUAUUGACAUCUCUCAGUUCCGUGGCAGAUCCAAUAGAUAUAUCGAUCGUCUGUUCAUUCGUUACGUCCAUAAGUAUAGGUAUUCCAGUGGUAGAGGUACCCGCGAGGUCGGCGGCAGCAGCUUUGCGAGGUUCCCGAAACCGUCUCGCUCGCUCGGCGCCGGACAUUGGGGUACCCAUGCACAGUUAACGCAGUAUGCCUCCCCCGCCGCCCCACUCGACCCCGACACGAACUCAAUGUCAUAACAGUGAACUGACUAUAUAAGCGAAAUAUUUUUGUUUCUAAGACUAAUAGUUUUUUAAUUAUUAAGGUACGAUGAUAUAGACCUUUUCGUUACGGUUCACUUUUUAAACCUGGUACCAUUAUGUUUCGGCGCGAUUUUAAAGGCGUUUCACGUCAAAAAGUAUCUUGGUAUAGGACAUUAAAGUGUGGAUGGAUAUCUAUGGUUUAAAAUCUUUUAAGUUGGCGUACCCUGCCUUUAAUAGGUCUAAAGUCUUAAUCUCAGAAAGGAGCAAAACUAAAUCGCCCAAAACUUUCUGAAAACAAGUCAGUUUGACAUCUCCUCAUACAUCGUAAUGAAAUCGGCUGAUAACUACGGGGAUGUUCGAGCAAGCAAAUAACUGCGGCAAUAUUGCAACCCUGAUAUUGUUUUGCAGAUACUCAGCUGAUACUUAACAAAUAUUUUGCGCGGCGUGCAGGUGCAUUGAAGAAGUGAAGUUUAAGAACUCUUAAAAAUGAAUUUUUAAUAAAUUUAACAGUGGAUAACUUGGUGGAUACUGAGUGUAGUUUGCUUCUUAAAUACAAAAAAGCAAGGAAACAAAGCUUUUUGCAUAAAAAAGUGGCUUGCGACCGAAAUUUUAAAGAAGAGGGCAAUAGUAAAAUCGCAAAAUUUCUUUAAAAGAAUUCGAUUUUAUCCUCCGGAUAUAUAUUUAUCACAUUUUCGGAUGUCUCGUGAAACACAAUUAAUGAUAAUAAUUUGUUAUAAAAAAAAAUAAAAUAAAUUUCACAUCUGAGAUAUUAGAAUGUAUUGCAUAGAACUUAUGGUAAUAAUUGGAUACAUAUGUAGUUUUAUACCUCAGGAAAUAAUACGGUGUUACCGUGUUUACCGCGUUUACUAUUUUAUAUCAUAAUUUUAAAUUCCAUUCCUUUGCUUUGGGAUAUAUAAAUUAAACACAAAUAGUUAUAAUUUUGCACAAAAAAUUUGUGCAGAGAUUAAACCGAAUAUACCGGCCAAUGCAUGAGCUAUCUGCCUAAAAUUGCUAUCUUCAGUAUACCUGAGUAUUGUCAAAAAUUAAUGCAACAAUUUCAGGCUUUUCUCUAAGAUCAAUCUACUCGAUAUAGUGAUUUCUGGCUUUCCAACUGUCUUUAAACUUUAGUGUUAGUCAAUACACGCGGUAUUUUAUUAUUCUGUACUGGCAUAGAAAACGCUGACGCGGUUAUAGCCGAGAUUACAACAACGCACCCAUGGUUUCUUUUCGCUAUUUGGCGCCAAAUCGACAUACCAAUUGCAGAUAGGUCUUCUUUUCCCCCUGCUUCCACGGGCGGGUACUGUAUCAGAAACCUUCAAAGCUUGAAUGUUCUCUUCCAACUGGAUAAAAUGGCCUGAUCAGUUCGUUAUUAUAUUAUUAUAACUAAUGCCCACAUACAGAUUUGGCAAUGGCAAUGGCAAUAGAUUUGACAGUUAGUAUACAAUAAACUUUUACGUAAAUAACGCAGCGGCAGGGCUGAGUGGAUGAAAACUUCGAUUUUGACAGCGAGUUGGGGAGUAAAGUUGGUUGUAGAAAACCAAGAAAUUAUAAUUUUUUGAAACAUCACUUGUCGCGAGAUGUUUAAUGGAUGUAAGUAUUAUAAUUCAAUUAUUUCGUUUUGCCUUUCAUUUCUUUUGUACUAAUAUUAGAGAACAAGUGAGAAUUUGAGGUAAAGUGCCUCUUUUAUUUAUAUCAUUUAUAAAUCAAUAUUGACAAGUAGUUUGUGCCAUAAAGUUGAAAGCAAGUUCUUGAUCGUGUAAUUGCAGCGUAAGUGGUAUUAGUUUCAUUUGAAUAUUUGAUAGUACUGUGAUCGCUUUGUAAUGUAUAUAUAAUGCCUACAAUGCAUCUCUGACAUUUCGAAUUCAUAUAACGCGGCUAUAUUUUAAAAGUUUAUAUUUUAAGCAUUUAUAACACAGGUUAAACAUAAAAAGUGCGGAAUAAUCAUGUCAAAUGUUGAUGUUCAUUGCGAUAAUGGUGCCGUACGAAUAAUAGUUCGUGAAAGACCAGUACGAGAUGCACAAGGAUUUCAAGAGGACUCUUCAAGUGUAAUUUCAUACCUAGAAGGCACUCCCAAUGUGCUUCUUGCGGACGGAAGACCAUUUACUUUUGAUAAGGUCCUAGGCCCAAAUGCUUCACAGGAACAGUUAUUCCGUGAUGUUAGUUUCUUAGUUGAAAAAGUAAAACAAGGUUAUAAUUGUACAGCGUUAGCUUAUGGGCAAACUGGUACUGGUAAAUCUUAUUCGAUGGGGCUUAAUUACAACGCUUGUGACGGAGAGUUUGUCGGAAUUAUUCCAAGAUGUUUGAAAGAAAUACUAAACACAUCUCUGAAUAAUACUUCAAAAAGCCAUUUAGGAUCAAUUGAGCUAAACGCGUCAUUUAUAGAAAUAUAUAAUGAAAAAGUGUUUGACUUGCUAAGUGACAAGAGUAUGGAUCCAAUCUCUUCUCGAGGAUACAAAUGUACGGGUGGCACUCGAAAGGUUCUCAAAUCUUUAGAAGAUUGUUAUAGUGUCCUACUCCAAGGUAACAAGAAUAGACAUGUGAGACCAACCAAAAUGAAUUCACAAAGUUCAAGAUCACAUGCAAUUUUUACAAUUCAUAUAAAUACUUUUUCUGGAAAUGGUGUUCUUAGUACCAGGUUAAAUUUAGUAGAUUUAGCUGGUUCAGAGGGUGUGCGCAGAACAGGUCAUCAAGGAAUGGCGAUGUCAGAAGGAGUCAACAUAAAUCAAGGUCUUUUAUCCAUUGGUAAAGUUUUACAGGCUAAAGCGCUUGGGCAUAAAGUGGUACCAUAUCGUGAUAGUGUAUUGACUUCAGUUUUACAAGAUUCGCUCAAUGAUAACUCAUAUUUAACACUUUUGGCUUGCAUUAGUCCUCAUCGUUCAGAUUUAUCUGAGACCUUAUCAACUCUUCGUUUUGCCCAAAGUGUGAAACAAUUGAAACACUCACCGCACAUAAAUUUUAUAGCAACAGAUAUAAAGAAAAAUCGCUUGAAAACUCCAAAGAAACCGCUCAUGACACCAGUACCUGCCAAGCCACCAUUUUCUAAAAAUACCAUCAACAUGGGAAUAAAGGUUUUAAAACCUAUUUAUCAUAGUAACACAUUUUGUACUCCGAGCAAGUUGAAAAGAUACGCUAAUGCCGAUAAACUGAACCGAUCGGAAAUUGGUUUAACACCCAAGCAAAAGGAAAAAGAGCAAACAGGUCUUUUUCAGUCUUCUGUCUCUGAACUUCCUAUAGUGCACUCAAAAUUGCUACAAACCAAUCGAGAAUCAACCAUUAUAAUGGAUAAAUCCCUCGAUUCUCGAGCUUCGAUUAUGAGUUUGAAUGUGUCAUCAUCAACAGUGGUAGGAAAUGAUGGGAUCGCAUCAAGUAAAGUCAUAAGCUACAGUCCCGUCGUGCGAAAGUGUAUGGUAGAAAUAGAAAACGUGAUGGAUAGCAAAAUGUCACAAUUAAUGGAAACUUUAAAAGAUCUAAAUAAGGAUAAUAUUCAACAUCGGUCUGAAAUCAUGGCCACUCCAUGGCCAAGUACGGCUGAUUCAGUUAGUGCAGGACCACUUCCACUUGCACUCCGUAAUGAGUUAAAGACUAUUAUACAAGAAGUAUUAAAAGAAAAUGUUAAAUCAAAUAUUAAAACUUCGGACGAUGCAAAUAGAUCCGAGUCAAUAUUAUUAGAUUCUUCUCUUUUAAGGAAUGAUCCUAAAUGUCAAUUGUUUGCUACAAGUAGUCCAGUUUUCAAAGUCCCAUCUGCACCUAAUAAAGAAUUAAAUAGUUCUGCAAAUUCUUCUAAGAUAAAACAGAUGUCUCUGAAAGUAAUGGAAAUCGAUGAAGAAGCUAAACGUUACAAAACUGCAAUAAGAAGAUCUAGGCGGAUUUCUGCAGUAAGGGGGGAAGUGGUAUUACACAGUUCAUUCAAUGAUUUAAGAGGACAAGGUUGUAUUAAUGAAGCAUUACGACGUUCUAGUCGCAUUUCGAAAAUUGGGGAACAAACUGAAUUGCAGAGAGUAAACGAUUCUUCUGUGAUAACGCUAAGCUCAAUGCCACAAAAAGAAAAUAUAUGGUAUAUUGAAAGACGGAAAGAGAAGGAUGGAAAUGGAGGAACCAAACAAGUCUCAAAAGCACAUAACAAGGCAAGUCAUCGUAAAUCUUCCUUAAACAACAACAUAAUUGAGAGUUACUUUACGACUGACCGGCAAAAGUCAAGUUCACACAUCAACGGAAAAGAAAAGAAAUCGAAUAUUUUGAAACAUCGAGCGGCAGUAUUAAAUUUAUUAAAUUCUGGCUCUAUGAAAGAAUUGCAAGUACUGCCUCAGAUAGGUCAAAAAACGGCAUAUCAAUUGGUAACUCAGAGAACAUUGAACGGAAAAUUUAAAAAUAUAUCACAACUUGAAAAACUCACAAUAUGGCGUGGAAGCUCAUGGACACGUUUUGCGCAAGCUAAUUUGCUCAUUGAUUAAAACGGCUUCCGACAUUUUCUUUAUUUAAAGCAAUAUUUAUUUAACAUCUGGUGUUAUGUAGUAAUGCAACUAAUUACGUUUUUAUUGUAAUAUUAUAUUCAUAAAAUGUUCGUAUUAAAUUAAAAAUAUUGUACAACAAAAA